UCGUGCGCUGUUGUCAAUAAAGAGUCGGUUUGAGUCCGUGAGAACAUCCAGCAGGACCGACAGAGACGAGAAACCGGGCGUAAACAUGGUGGCGAAGACGAGAGUCGGUGGCACGAGGGGAGCUGCCACAACAAACAGCAGCAGCAGCAGCAGCAGCAGCAAACAGGAGGGCCCUGGAGGACUGUGGGACUCUGUGAAGAAAGCUGCGUUUGUCAUUGGAUCUGGAAUCUUGUUCCUGGCAGCAUUCGGCAACUCACUGACAUGGCAUCUUCAGAGAUUCUGGGGAGCUUCAGGAGAUUUCUGGCAGAACCUGUGGACCAAGCUGUCCUCGGCAUUUGAAGGUCAUGAUGCUGCUUUGUUCUUCUUAGGGACGAUGUUAAUCCCCACUCUGGUGUUCUGGGCGUUGAAUGCCCUGCUGCUAUUGGUGGACACCACUGGGAUACCCUCCUUCAUCACUCGCUACCGCAUCCAGGUGGACAAGAAUAACCCGGUGGAUCCAGUUAAGCUUCACCACGCAGUGAGGACUGUCCUCUUCAACCAGGUGUUCAUCUCCGGGCCCAUGGUGGUGGCUGUUUACUACCUGAUGACUUGGAGGGGGAAACCCUGUGGACCCGAGCUGCCCACCUUCCACUGGGCCCUGACAGAGCUGGCUGCCUUCGCCAUCUUGGAGGAGAUUCUGUUUUACUACUCACACAGGCUGUUCCACCAUCCAGGCCUCUACAAGCAUUUCCACAAACAGCACCACGAGUGGACCGCUCCCAUCGGAGUCGUCUCCAUCUACGCUCAUCCUCUGGAGCAUGUGAUCUCCAACAUGCUGCCGGUGGUGAUCGGACCCGUGAUCCUGGGCUCCCACCUGUCCACCACCACCCUGUGGUACUGCCUGGCUCUGGUCAGCACCACCAUCUCCCACUGUGGAUACCACCUCCCCUUCCUGCCCUCCCCGGAGUUCCAUGACUUCCACCACCUCAGGUUCAACCAGUGUUUUGGGGUCUUUGGUGUUCUGGACCGGCUCCACGGCACAGACACCAAAUUCAGGCAGACCAAGCAGUACGAACGCCACACACUGCUCACCAGCCUCACCCCGCUGACUGAGAGCAUCCCUGACCCACCCAAGAAGGGCCAGUGAUGACCUGUAACCCCUGGCCUCUAACCUCCGGCCGAGGCCUCAACAAGUUUAGGAAAUGUCACCAUGAUAUGUGGUGACAAAAUUCAUCAUCAAGUUUAAAAUGACUACUAAUAUAGAUUUUGAUUAUUUUAAUCUAGAAAACUUGUUGACGAGUUUCAGACUGUGAGAGUCUGCCCAGGCUCUGUGGUCAUCAGCUUCACUUUUUUAAUUUUCAAAGUAGAAAUAUUCUUUUUGCACACAACUAGAUGUUUCAUACAGUUUUAAAAGUUUAGCCUCCAUGUCUACUGUCUGAUGUGACAAUUUCAGUCCCGUUUCCUCUCACUAUUUUCAUCCUCCUGUGACCUGGGGCGACUGUUAUUGUAGCUUAUGAUUGGUUUAAUAAUGGUGAUGCUGCAGAGAAGUCAGAAACUCAGGGUCAAUAUCUGGUGUCUAUGGAAGUGUAAAAGUUUCUGGAAGCCCCUAAUAGAUGGAAAUGAUUUAAAUAAUAAUAAUAAUAAGGAUACUGAUUGUAAUUU